CUCUCUCUCUCUCUCUCUAGGGGUACACUCGUGGGGUCUGUCGCCUUCUCACUAUCCACCAACCUCACUAUUGCUAGCCCCCAUCCCUAAUCCCUAUGCGUCUACCACACCUUCUAUCCCACCCACACGAACACAGAGACCCCUAUACAAGAAUCAUGUACCACUCAUGACCUAAUCACACACAGAUCCUUCUCACUCCAUUUCCAUAGCUUCGAAGAAGAAGCUUUCUUCCCGGACAAAAGUGCGCACACAUCGCUCUUCUCGAUCGUAGCAGCAUCCUUGUUGUUACGGCCAGGGUGUUGAAAUGGCAACUGCCGCUGAUGCCCCGGAUCUAUCGCUCCACAUCAGCCCGCCGUCACCAACCGGCAAGGCCGGGAGCGGCCGCGGGGACGAAAUGGCCAUCUCUGCGGAGUCCACAGAGCUCUGUCUAGGGUUUGACAUGGCGACUGCGCGACAGCCAGGCGAGGUCCGCAAUGGCCACUCCGAUCUUGAGCAGCGGCUGCACCAACCUAGCCAGAUUCCGAGAUUCAAGAAGAGCUCCGCUGACAGCCAGGCGGGCUCCUCCGGCGGUGCAGCAAGAUCUGGGAAUGGUGGCAAGAAGAGCUCAAGGGCUCCAAGGAUGCGGUGGACGACGGCGCUCCAUGCACACUUUGUACAGGCGGUCCAGCUCCUUGGCGGCCAUGAGAGAGCAACACCGAAAUCAGUCUUGGAGUUGAUGAACGUGAAGGAUCUCACACUGGCUCAUGUCAAGAGCCAUCUUCAGAUGUACAGAACAGUCAAGGGCACUGCUUCGGACAGAUCAUGUGCGGCAGGCCAUGGCCAGAUAAGGGACAUGAGCUUUCUGAGGAGAGGUGGUGAAGUGCAUGGCUUUGACAUGUUUAGCAACAUCAUUUCUAAUACAAGAAGGCCGCCAUGGGCGUCGCCGGCGGGGCAGCUGCAGCCGCCGUUCGCGCAGGAGCAAGGCGGAGGCGGCCCGCCGCUACCGAGCGCCUACCUCAUGUCCAUUCAGCAAUACUUGAUGAAGCAAAACCAGGGAUGGAGAGGUGCACAGCAGCAAGAUGCUUCACUCAAUUGCCCAGGACAGGACAGAGGACAACGUCUGCAUGUAGGCGCACGCCAUGAUGAGACGCCCAGGAUUGGAUCGUCGACAGCAGGUUUUGCUCGGGGAUGGUCGUCGUCGUCGUCACUAUCGCUGUCGCCGUCGCCGUCGACCCCACUACAAAUGAACGGCAGGAACGCCGGCAGCGCCGCAGAGCAAGCAUGCAUGAAGCAGCCGCAGGCGCCAUCAAGAGUACCCAGCCUGGAGAUGAGCUUAGGGAGGCAGGGGUGGCAAAAUGCCAUUGAGCAACAGCAGCGGCAAGGACAGCCCAGCGUGGAGUCCUCGGCGUCCAAAGAGCUAACCCUACUAAAGUGCUUGUGAAAUUAUCUAGUAAGAAAAUUAAUAACUAUUUUAGGUAGUUCAAAGUGGAACUCAAUGGUCGUCUGAUCGACUACACUGAUUUUAGUUCCGCGAGGCGAGAGAGCAAAAUUAGAAUAAGAAAAGCUAGCUAGUCAAUUUGCUAGCUUGGAUUCGCAACAAAAAUAAUAAGAAAUGAUAUUCCCUCCGUCUCA